UCCCGAACGAAUCCCCACUACAGCGCAUGCGUACAAGCACUGCUGUGACUUAAGUAAAAUGUCACGUAGAAUUUAAAUGGAUUUUCAAACAAAAUAAUUACACGACUUUAAAGCAUUGAUAUCUUUAGGACAACUGAAGCUUAUUAGUUAUCGGAAUAGCACAUAAUCCGUAGUGUCGCUAGUCUUCUUGGCUUUGCAGAGACAUGUUUACAUCCCAGACCUCUUCCUUCCAGGAGUCCAUAGACGUGGAUGAGAGGGAUGUAGACUUCGACAACGAGGAGAUCGCCGGAUACAGCCAGAAAAUACAACAGAUUAACAGCUACUAUGCAAUAUAUUACUACCAAAACACAAGAUCUGAGGCUUCUGGAGAGAGUGUGGCCUGGAGCCAGAGGAGAUCUGACUCAACCACAAGUCAAGAUGACUUUAGUCUCACCCUGCUGGACGCCAGCUUGCCAUCCGAGGCGGAACCAGAGCUACGAAGCUACAUCUCUCGCAGGCUGAGCAGGGGUGCAUUACUGGGGGGUAUGGGCAACAUUGCCACUGUGGAACUAAGCAUCCCUGAGCAAGCGGUGGGCUGUUACUGCUGUCUGCUGGAGCAAGAGAAAUCUCCGGAACAGCCUGAGGCCGAUGGCAACGGCUGGGUGGUGUGUCUUCUCGGAGGAUCAGAGAAGGGCCUGAAUCUAUUCAGAAUUGAGCUGGACAAAUACGUCCAGGGUCUGCAGGGCGUUUUGACUCCAGAGAUGCAGAACUUGGAGACAGAUGUCAGACCCUACCUGAACCAGUGGUAUGAAGAGUCAGUAAUGCACAUUCACAGGGUGGUUCAGCUGUUGCAGACAAACGUUGGGUACCUUCUGCAUGCUGCUUUGAGUCACAAGCUUGUAGAGGUCACAGGGGCGGAUGAGAAGACAAAAGCAGAUGUAGCAAGAUUUAUCAAAGCAGCAAGCCUGCAGGGUCUAGUCCAGGAAGACACCACUACAGCCUCCCUCUGUAAGGCCAUUUCAGAGGACUCUAACACCAAUCUGAUCAUCAACUGCUCAACCAGCCCUCCCACAAUAACCAAUGAAGUCAGUAACCGGUUCUGUGAUGACUGGAUCCAGGCCUUCGUCAAUGCUGCUGAGCGCUUUAACCCUUUCCUCCUCCGUCAGAUCUUGGAGAACUUUAAACUUAAGGCCAUCCAGGACAUGAACAACCUGAAGCGCUUCAUCCGUCAGGCUGAAAUGAGCCACUAUGCUCUGUUCCGCUGCUGUCUGUUCCUGCAAAGCUGUGGAAACGGGGACGUGCUGCUGCAGAACGCACGCGCCGAGCACAGCAGCCUUCCCGAGGCCUAUGGAAUCAUAAAUGUCCUGGAGGAGUUCCUCGGUGAGCAGGCACAGGGCACGCUGUACUGACACCUCGCCGCCUGCAGGGGGCCACAAAGUUUCAUACACUCACCUGUCUGAGUGGUCUGCAUUUUGUGCACUUGAAAACACUAAAUAUAGUCCAUCUUUUUGUGUGUGUUGAGGUUUAACAGCAAAGAUUGAAAAAGAUUUUGCUAUGAUGUGCUGCUGUAUGUUGAUGUGGGUGCUUAAAAUUAUAAACUAAAUAGAUCCUAUAAAAUGGGCCAAUGAAAAAUACAUGUGAUUAAACUGACCGAUUCUUAAUAAUGUGUAUAUAAUAUUAACACAGUAGUGUUUAAAUGUGACAACUGAUUCUAGGAUGUAGUCUCAGCUGUGUAGCAGUCAUUGCUUAGAAGAUGUGUGAUUUUAAAACCAUUGUUCAGCCGACAAUCCCAUAUGAAGUUAAUCACGUAAUCAAGAAGCUCUGCACAAGCUAAUAGCCUAUUAUCAUUCCAAUCCAUUUCAGUAGAAAAAUGA